AUGGCUCUCGCUGAGAAGGGUCGCACCUUUAGCGAAGAUGUGUCUGCGGCUAACUACACCAUCCACGGCAUCACCGGUGUUGCAAAGCUUCAUGAGCAGGGCAUAUUAGGCAAGGGCGUCAAGGUCGCCAUUGUUGACUCUGGCGUAGACUAUGAUCAUCCUGCUCUUGGUGGGGGUUUUGGCGAGGGCUUCAAAGUCAUUGGCGGCUACGACCUUGUGGGAAGUUCAGCUUGGCCUGUUGAGGGUUACGACAAAAGACCCGACAGCGACCCCUACGAGGAAAGUGAGAUCGGGCACGGUACACAUGUGUCAGGCAUCGUUGUCGGAAACUGGCAAGGAGUCGCUCCUGAAGCAAGUAUCUUAUCCUACAAGGUCUUUGGCGCCGGCAAUGUGCUGACAUCAUAUUCCAAGAGCGGCGGCACAGAUGAAGAAACCCUGAUUGAGGCUUUCCUGAUGGCAUAUGAUGAUGGUGCCGACAUCAUCACUUCGUCCAUUGGAGGCCGGGGAGGCUUUUCAAACAAUGCCUGGGCUGAAAUCGCUUCACGCCUCGUGGAUAGAGGUCUUGUUGUCACCAUCUCUGCCGGCAAUGAUGGCGCCGGCGGUGCCUUUCUCGCCGACAACGGCCAAUCCGGAAGAAGUGUGCUCUCUGUAGCCUCAGCUGAGCCGGAGUACGUUCCUGGAAUGCCUUUCGACGUGAUAUUCAAAUACAAGAACGGCGACAUUGAGACGAAGAGAUUCGGCUUCUUCCAUGGAAGUCUAGCCCAUCCCUUCCCUGUCAACAUAAACUCCUCCGGCCUUCCAGUCAUUGCACUCUCGUUUGACCCCUAUAACGUCACUAUUGGCUGCCGCUUCUUGAGUCCAGAGUCUCGCAAUUUUUCAGGUGCUCUGGUUCUCGCUCCUCGGGGAGGUUGCAACGCUGCCACAAAACGAUAUACGCUACAUUCCGCCGGAGCUGAGUACGUCAUGUUAUACAAUGAUGAUAAUCUAUACCCCCUGGAAGGAGACUUUGGCAUCUCCAAAGUUGAGGGCCUAACAGCACAAAGCAUGGGUGUCCAGAUCCUCGCGGCUCUAAAAGAUGGCGCCAAAGUCACAGCCAGAUUCUAUAACGAGUCGUACGCGUCAUUUGUCAACCUGAAGAACCCCGAUGUUGUGAGCUCAAAGUUCACCUCGAUGGGUGGGCUGUACGACCUCCAAAUCAAGCCGGACAUUGCCGCACCAGGGUCCAACAUCUUCUCAACCAUGCCAGGAAGGAGAUAUGGUCUCAUGUCGGGUACUUCAAUGGCGACACCUUAUGUGGCUGGCGUCGCUGCUCUUUACAUCGGCAAGUACGGCGGCAGGGCGACUCAUGGCCCUGGGUUCGGCAAGAGACUUUCCGCUCGUAUUCUGGCAAGCUGUGACUCCGCUCGAUGGCACAAUGGAAAUAACAUGACAGACUACGGUACCUGGGCUCCCGUUUUCCAGCUUGGAAACGGCCUGGUGAACGCUACCAAGGUCAUGAACUACCAGUCAGAGUUGUCCUUCGCCAAAUUUGCGCUCAAUGAUACAGUCAACUUUGUUCACACUCAUUCUGUCAACAUUACAAACAACUGCACUGGCCCAAUCACAUACAGGUUCUGCCUGCAUGCAGCUGGCGGGUACGAGGUCUUGGACGAUACUGAGGCGGCAUCCAUCAAAAUGGGUCCUCAAUACACAAAUUUCGUCCCCAUGGAUGUGACGCCGGUCCCAGGUGUGACUUUUCCCGAAGGUGGGUUCACUGUAGGUUCUGGCGAAACCAAAGAGGCGAGUUCAGCGAUGCCCCUCUACAGCGGCAAGAUUCUCGUCCUCGGAUCCAACGGCGAAGAAUUGGCUAUACCUUAUAUGGGCGUUGCCUCUGACAUUCGCAACAACUUCAGAAAAAUCUUCACAUUUAAUCUCUCGUACUAUGAGCAAGAUUUCCCGAGGCUUCAAGUCAAGCUCCGCUAUGGCGCACAAGUCUUGCGCUGGGAUAUUUUCGAAAUUGGUUGGAAGGAAACAAGUUGGGGGACAUACCCACCUAUUCCUGGCAAAGACGGCUUCGUCGGCAUGGCGGCUACCUGGGAUAACGAAAAACACUCAGCGUACUUUGAUCCGGACUUUCAUGACGAGUUUGAUCUGGUCAGGGGCCCUUUGACAGAGUUAGCUCGCGAUGAUUACAACUACCCGCCAUACCAGGCGUGGUGGCUGGGGCGGUUGGCUAACGGCCAGAAAGUCAAACCCGGAAAUUACGUGUGA